GUCAGAGAACGCUUGUAUUGCUGCAGUUUAGCGCGGAACCGGGAGGUGAGGCUCAUACAGAUACAGCUUUAAUACCUACAAACACACACACUUUAUAUACCCAGUGUGUGUUUGAAGUGCUUGUGUAUCUUGUUUCCCCAAAAUGAGCAGUUCAGAGGAAGUUUCGUGGAUUUCUUGGUUUUGUGGCCUUCGUGGGAAUGAGUUCUUCUGUGAGGUGGAUGAGGAUUACAUCCAGGAUAAAUUCAAUCUCACUGGACUGAACGAGCAGGUUCCUCAUUACAGACAAGCCCUGGACAUGAUUUUGGAUCUGGAACCAGAUGAGGAGCUGGAAGACAACCCGAAUCAGAGUGACCUGAUUGAACAGGCGGCUGAGAUGCUGUACGGCCUGAUUCACGCGCGUUACAUCCUUACCAACCGUGGCAUUGCUCAGAUGCUGGAGAAAUAUCAGCAGGGGGACUUCGGCUAUUGCCCUCGUGUUUACUGUGAGAACCAGCCUAUGCUGCCAAUCGGGCUGUCUGAUAUCCCAGGCGAGGCCAUGGUCAAGCUCUACUGUCCUAAAUGUAUGGAUGUGUACACGCCGAAGUCGUCCCGGCACCACCACACCGAUGGAGCUUAUUUUGGAACCGGGUUCCCCCACAUGCUCUUCAUGGUGCACCCUGAGUACCGGCCAAAGAGGCCUGCCAACCAGUUUGUGCCCAGGCUCUAUGGUUUCAAGAUCCACCCGAUGGCAUACCAGCUGCAGCUGCAGGCAGCCUCCAGCUUCAAGAGCCCUGUCAAGGCCAUCCGCUAAAUCAUGGAAAGAAGGGAAGGGAGGGCUGGAGAGGCGAGGGGGAGAAUCUGUGUCUGUCUUUACAUCACCUCGCUCUUCACCAAGAGACCGCUUUGUUUUAUCUUAGAUUUGUUUAAGAGAAAUGUUUCAACAUCAAGAGAGUGGGAAUAUAGAACACACACAUUGGAUAAUCUAUAAACGUUUCCUCUUCACACACACACACACACACACACACACACACACACACA